AUGAGAUCCUUUCGAAAAGAAGCUGAGUACAUCAACGAUGCCAAUUGCCACGCAGUCGGCAAAUUUCCAUUUCUCCUGUCUAUCUACGCUCUUGCACUUCCGUUGCUACAGGGAGGAGAUAGAAGCGAAGACACGGUGCUAGACGAGAUGAUUCGUAUCAUGGUUCUAAUAAAGGGAAACGGCACGAUCCAUGAUACCACCAAGCCCUGGAGAAAAGCACGAGAUCUCAAAUCAUGGCUCGAGGACGGUGAUAUUCUCGAUGACGCAGCGCGCCUUUCAGAGGACCGUGAUCUGGACUUUGCUGUCGCGGAGCUGCAGCAUUGGAUUGACCUUUCCGAUGAUCCACCGGCUGUUCGCGGUAUCAACGCUAAAGCCCUUCAAGAUUUUCAAGGGAGCCUUGGCUUUGGUCUGAAGAGACAUCUGAGACCUUUGGCAUGGCCGAACAUCGUCCACACUGACUAUAUGGACCUGCUACGGCAGAGGAAUACCGCGUCACUGGCCAUCUUGGCGCAUUAUGCUGUAAUACUAGGGCAAUACAGCUCGCGAUGGUGGUGUUUGGACUGGGGUGUGCAACUGGCCUCGGCCAUAGCGCGGCUCAUGCCUGAAAGAUAUGUCGCCGCAAUUCUCUAUCCGCUUCAGAAGUUACACAUAAGAUGA